AUGGCGACACGAUCCUUUUUUAAAAAGCCAACAUUGGCAGGCCAACGGGGGGACCCAACAACUGAGUUUUACCGGCGGUCAGAACAAACAUACUCCGAUAUUGUUGCGGCAAAUCGGGAGGCGCGCAAGAAACAGAAGGAUGCGCCUGAAUCUCCUACGAAUAAGACCAUUGAUACUGCUCGGAUAUCCAAGCGGCGUUGCAUUUCAACAGAAAAUAACGAACAGCAGGGGAAGGCUAUUGACGUCGAAUCGCCUCAGGUCACCGAAACUGGCGAACCGAGGGAAGAACAGGAUGUCCCUUCCAAUUCCACACCGGAGACCUCUAGCAACCCAGACAUUGUUAAAUCUGAUCAAGAAACGCGAAUAACAGACUAUCCCCCAACUCCAACGAUGGACUUGAACAGGCAUGAUACCAACACGAACGACUUCCGAUCUCAUGCGAAGUUACCUACAAUUGCAGACACUCCCAACCAUUCAUCACCCUCCUCCAUGGAUGAUCCGACCGUGCAGAUUCUCAUAACAUCCGAUAUACCUAAUACGAAGCCAUUACUCGUCCACCGGAAGAUGUCUCAGGGACUACGAGAGGUUCGUUUGGCAUGGUGUAAACGACAGGAAUUCUCAUCAGAAGAAACAUCAUGCGUCCAUCUCACCUGGAAGGGCCGGAGGGUAUUCGAUGUUACCACUUGUAGAAGCCUGGGCAUCAAAACGGACAGGAAGCCCGCCCCGAACUUAGUUGAUGAUGACUUGACUACAGGGCCAUCUGAGCUGCGUAUUCACAUGGAGGCAGCCACCAAUGAACCUCUUUUGCUCAAGCGACCUGGCUCUUCCCCAGAUAUCGCUCAGUCACUUCCAGUCCCACAGGAUGUGCGAAAUGAGCAACCCGAAUCGAUGAAAUUAGUUCUGAAGACUCCUGGACUCAAAGAUUUCCGGAUUAAAGCGAGGCCAACGACCUUGGUAUCGAAGCUGAUUUCAGCAUUUCGAGGGCACCAGAACAUUCCUGCAGCUCAAAACAUUGUCCUUCUAUUCGAUGGUGAUCGGUUGGACCCUGACGCGUGCCUCGAAGACUAUGAGGUCGCGGAUCUAGAUAUGGUGGAGGUUCAAAUCAACCCUCGCAUCUCCAGCUAG